AUGGCUCCACCAGCUUUCUCCGAUAUCCAAAAGGCUUCUAACGAUUUAUUAAACCGUGAUUUCUUCCACUUGGCCACCGCUGCCGUUGAUGUUAAAUCAACUGCUCCAAACGGUGUUGCUUUCACUGUUAAAGGUAAGACUGCUAAGGAUAACUCAAUUGCUGCUUCUGUUGAUGCUAAGUACGCUGAUAAGGCCACCGGUUUGACCUUGACCCAAGGUUGGAACAACGCCAACUCUCUUAACACCAAGAUUGAAUUAUCUGAAUUAUUAACUCCAGGUUUAAAAGGUGAAUUAGAUACUUCUGUUGUUCCAAACGGUCCAAGAAAUGCUAAAUUAAACUUUUUCUACCAACAAUCUGCUGUUAACGCCAGAUUAUUCUUUGACUUAUUAAAAGGACCAGUUGCCACUGCUGAUUUAUCUGUUGCCCACGAUGGUUUCAAUGCUGGUGCCGAAUUAGGUUACGAUAUCUCUUCUGCUAAAGUUAACAAAUACUCUGUUGGUGUUGGUUACGCUGGUCCUUUAUACGCCAUUGCUGCCACUGCCACUUCUAACUUGUCUGUUUUCACUGCUGCUUACUACCAUAAAGUUAGUCCUUUGGUUGAAGCUGGUGCUAAAGCUACUUGGGAUUCUGUCAAAUCCUCUAACGUUAACGUUGAAUUUGCUACCAAAUACCAAUUAGACUCUACUGCUUUUGUUAAAGCUAAAAUCGCCGAUUCUGGUUUAACCGCUUUAUCUUACUCUCAAGAAUUAAGACCUGGUGUUAGAUUAGGUUUAGGUACCUCUUUCGAUGCUUUGAAAUUGGCUGAACCAGUCCACAAAUUAGGUUUCUCCUUAUCUUUCUCUGCUUAG